AAGGCAUCUGUAAAUCACUAAGAAACUCAUAAACAGUCUAAUAGAAAAUGGUCAGAGGUAAGAACAGGUAAUUUAAAGAGGAGGGAAUUUAAGUGACACCCAAACAUCCAGCCUGACCACCAACCAGGGAAAUGCAAACUAAACCAAGGUGUCAGUUUCUGGCUAGUCACGUGACAAGUGGUGUUGGGUCCCACUCAGGGAGUGCUGGACUGCUCCUGGGAGGAAGUGGCCGGGGUGGGCAGCGAGACAGCCACUGUUAAACCCACAGGUCCCUUCACCCGCCAUCCCCCUCACCCGUCCUGUGGCAGUUCUCAGUGCACGGCAGUCCUGGCCCGCUCCGUGACCCUCUUGAGGGGGCUGUGGCACCGGUGCUGCAGCUGUGCCCACAGGGUCGGGUGGCUUUGCGGCUGAUUAGCGAGUCUGCGGGCAGCGCUCUGUAGGAGCAGGGAGAGCAGAGCAGCUGUGCCCCAUUUCCAGUUAUAUGCAUAAAAACGCCUACCCAAAUAACGCUCCGUGUGUUCACUUUUACACGUCUGCCUAAUGUGGAGGGAAGAUGUGGGAGGUGCCCAUCUCCCUGGGAAGGACAGCGGGGUGGGAGGCAGGGUGGAGACGCCAGCCCUUUCUGCUGUCUUCUGAACUGUUUGCAUCUGUAGUUGACAUAUUGGGAUAUCAGAUGAUUCUGAAAAUGUGGAUUAAUGCACGAGGAUGUUGUCUGGCAGCUGCUAACGUGCCUCUUUGUUGGCAGGUAUGGAUCCUGGCGGGAGCCUGUCAACCCCUACUACGUCAACUCCGGUUAUGCCCUCGCCCCAGCCACCAGUGCCAACGACAGUGAGCAGCAGAGCCUGUCCAGCGAUGCUGACAGCCUGUCCCUCACCGACAGCAGCGUGGAUGGAGUCCCACCUUACAGGAUCCGCAAGCAGCACCGCCGGGAGAUGCAGGAGAGCGUCCAGGUCAACGGGCGCGUGCCUCUACCUCACAUUCCUCGCACGUACCGAAUGCCAAAGGAAGUCCGUGUGGAGCCCCAGAAGUUUGCCGCAGAGCUCAUCCACCGCCUGGAGGCCGUGCAGCGGACGCGGGAGGCUGAGGAGAAGCUGGAGGAGCGGCUGAAGCGCGUCCGGAUGGAGGAAGAAGGUGAGGAUGGUGAUGUGUCCUCUGGCCCCCCAGGGGCCAGUCAUAAGCUGCCUUCAGCCCCGGCCUGGCACCACUUCCCACCCCGCUACACGGACGUGAGCUGUGUGGGGCUGCGGGACGCACACGAGGAGAACCCUGAGAGCAUCCUGGAUGAGCAUGUGCAGCGAGUCAUGAGGACACCGGGCUGCCAGUCACCGGGGCCCGGCCACCGCUCCCCGGACAGUGCGCACAUGCCCAAGAUGGGGGUGCUAGGGGGCACAGUGCCCGGGCAUGGAAAGCACAUGCCCAAGUCGGGGGCAAAGCUGGACACAGCUGGCCUGCACCUCCACAGACACGGCCACCACCAUGGCCACCAUGGCUCAGCUAGGCCCAAGGAGCCAGCCGAGGCCGAGGCCUCCCGCCGGGUCCAGAGCAGCUUCGCGUGGGGCCCAGAGCUGCACGGCCACGUGGCCAAGCCCCGAAGCCACGUGGAGAGCAUGGGCGCCGCCACCACCACCAGUGACAGCCUGGCCUACAGCGGGAAGGCAAGCAUGACCUCCAAAAGAAACUCCAAGAAGGCCGAGUCGGGGAAGAGCGCCAGCGUGGAGGCGCCAGGCCCCUCUGAGGACGCAGAGAAGAACCAGAAAAUCAUGCAGUGGAUCAUCGAGGGCGAGAAGGAGAUCAGCAGGCACCGGAAGGCUGGCCACGGGUCGUCCGGGGCAAAAAAGCAGCAGGCCCACGAGAGCUCCCGGCCCUUGUCCAUCGAGCGCCCCGGGGCCGUGCACCCCUGGGUCAGCGCCCAGCUCCGGACCUCCGUGCAGCCCUCGCAUCUCUUCAUCCAGGACCCCACGAUGCCGCCCAACCCGGCCCCCAACCCUCUGACGCAGCUGGAGGAGGCCCGCCGGCGCCUGGAGGAGGAGGAGAAGAGGGCCAGCAAGGCGCCCUCGAGGCAGAGGUAUGUGCAGGAGGUCAUCCAGCGGGGGCGCUCCUGUGUCAGGCCAGCGUGCACGCCCGUGCUGAGCGUGGUGCCAGCGGUGUCCGACCUGGAGCUCUCCGAGACAGAGACAAAAUCGCAGAGGAAGGCAGGCGGUGGGAGUGCCCAGUCGUGCGACAGCAUCGUCGUGGCCUACUAUUUCUGUGGGGAGCCCAUCCCCUACCGGACCCUGGUGAGGGGCCGUGCGGUCACCCUGGGCCAGUUCAAGGAGCUGCUGACCAAGAAAGGCAACUACAGAUACUACUUCAAGAAGGUGAGCGACGAGUUCGAAUGCGGCGUGGUGUUCGAGGAGGUGCGCGAGGACGGGGCUGUGCUGCCUGUCUUCGAGGAGAAGGUCAUCGGCAAGGUGGAGAAGGUGGACUGACGGGCAGGCCUGGCCUCCGCGCUGCGCACCACGAGGGCCUGUGCCGCGUCGCAAGAGUGUGGCAGACACGCGGCUGCUGGUGGAAGGCGGGGUGCUGCCCGCCUCACAGCCGCCACCCCUUUGGUCCAUCUGUGUCCAGGAGGGCGGGGGUCCCUCUGGGGUCCCACAGGCUUCCACCCAUUCCUCUGCAGGACACUCAAGAGCCCACCCAGCAGGGAGCCCACCAUGGGGCUGCCUUGAGACCCUCCCCCACGGCCCCCUGCUGCUAACCGCGGACGCCCCCGGCGCUCACCCCACAGGCUCUGCUCCUUCCGGGACUCGCCCGCCAUGGCCUGCCCUGGUCAGGCCUGUCCCAGAGCCGGGGUGCAGGGGGCCCCAUGGGGACUCUGUCCAUUGUACAUGUCACCGAGUGCCUUCAACACAGCUUGUCUCUUGCCUCACUGUGUGGACCCGGCGACAGAGCACCGAGGCCCAAGCGUGGGCUCAGCAGGUCCCGGGCCCCUCCCUCCUGAGGGCCCAUGUAAAUAUGUACAUUUCUCAGGCCUGGGCCAGCGGGGAGGGGCUGCCCCAAGCCCGUUUUUCAUGCGCUGACUUGUACAAUUAUCUUUUCAAAGGUACUUGGAUAAUAAUGAAAUAAAACCAUUUUUGAA